AUUUUAUCUUCAAAAGGUGGCCUUAUCCUAUAGACUCAUUCAAAUGCAUAAUUUGAAGAGAUUCUGGUGAGUUUGCUGCAAGAUCCAAUUCUGAAGGUUGUCUGAGCAUCCAUCAAGUCACGUGGCUGAAAUCCCCCCACAUCUACAGGUACCGACCCCUCGGUUAGUGCCGUCCAUCAGGCUCUGCCCAUGCUCCGUUGGAGUGGAUGACCUGGGCAAACGCUUCGUGACCCCAACCUUUGCCUCGCCCAACUGUCUUUGAACUCAUAGCUCUUCAGGAGCAACAUACCCAUCUUGUUUGACUCUGGUGUACCACGAAUACAAAGCAUUUUCUCUCCUAUCUAGGAGCCUCUUCUGAUACCAAAACUACUCUCCUCUUACCAACUUUCCACAACCCCCUUCGUCGCUUAAUCACGAUGGAGCCUAUGAGGGGCGUCUCUGGUAGCAUGGGCAAGCAACCUGCUCAACAAGAAAGCCCCGAACAACUCCUCGAUGUCUUCAAGGCAGCUGCCCUGUCGGUAACCAAGCUCUACAAGAUCUCGGCUGCAGGACAGUCAAAGGCACGUGCCGAUGGAUAUCAGGAUUGCCUCGAUGACCUUCUACAAUUCUUGGAUAAAGAAGGCAUGGGUCUGGGCGAUGGAGAAGGGUGGAAGAUCCGAAAAUGGGCAACAGAAAGACUCGAUGGGCGUGAAAGCAGCUCUCUGAACACUGAGAGUGAGGACGAGGUCGAAAAAGCAGAAACAGCCUCGUCACCUGAACUCACUCGAACGAGUAUCCCUCCGCAUCCGGCGAACCAAAUGCGAACCGACUCUGCACCACCGAGUAUUCCUCCUAUUGCCGAACAGCCUACGCCGAUAGUCGUUCCAUCUCAAGACAACUUUACCUUUCAGUCCUCACACCCGUACCCGAAUAUCGCUACCCUGGACCUGUCUGACUCAAGACCUCACGAUGACGUGCCUGCUCCUACACGACCAACGAAAACCAGGCUUGCGGGUGGUCCGAGUCGAUCUUGUCCGAGGGGUCCGGGACACUUGGUACAGCGGGCUGGGAGCAAGCGCAAGUUGAACUUUGAGGAAAUAUUCGAUCUCGGCAGUCUUAGCGGAAAGGAUCCUUUCGAAAAAGGAGGGAAGCGUGGUCGACAUGCUUGAUUUUCUAGCGAGAUCAUCACGUUUCCUUAUCUUUACACAACAACAUAAAGCAUAUUUGUCUCGGAGCACUGGGUACUAGAUGGAUGGGAUGGAACGAGGCAUGUUUACAGACGGACGCAUUGACUAGCGAAGAGCAUGGGCGGCGUUUGGAGGACGUAACGAUUGCAUUUGGGGGUGUCUGGUUUUCAUUUUGUGUCUAGCGAUUGUCACCUUUUCCAUAACACGAUAAAUUUGACG